UGGACCGAGCGGACCAUCUUGUCUACAGCUGCUGAGUCCAGUUCUGUUUACUGUAAACUCUGUUUCUCCUAGUAUGUAAUAAUGUUAAUGUGCUGUUCAUUCUCCUUUAAGUGUAAGCAGUCAUUCAAGUUUUAUUUAGGCAUAUGUGUGUAGGUUAAUCCUUGCACAGUCUUUAGUAUUUCCCUUUACAGGCUACUACUUCAUAGUUAACUUCCUCUGAAAGUCUUACCCCCAGAGGGACUUUCUUUCUUUGUAGAAGCGUUUCAAAGAAACUAUGUUAUUAGCUGUAGAUAAGGUAUCUUUAUUUUGCUAUUUGAUGCAUUUUCUUACAUAAACCAAGCACAGUGAUCACGCUUUGGGGGGUUAUUGGGCAGUUUCAUCACCUGCGUAAAAUCUGCGUCAUCGGUGCAUAUAUAUCUCUCUUGACGUUUCUUCGGUUAACAUUUAUCACCCAGAUUGAAAAUCUGCUAUCGUUCAAGUCCAGAUUUACGACAUCUAAUAAUCUCGUGGCGCUGGUGGUGCUGCGCCCUUCCCGUCUGAUGCGUAAAAGAGCACCAUGACUAGCAGAGCACCGGCAGGCUUCACACACUUUGCCAGAAAGAGCCAAACCGGCGUGAGAGUGAGUUGAGUAACAAAGAGAGUGUGGGAGAACCCUCCCCCCCGUCAAAUGUAUCGAUGGAUCCACACCUUCAUAACCCAACUCUUCUUCAGCUUCGCGCAGAUGGCCAAAGUGUCCAAGCCAGACCGUGAAACUGUUCAGCCAAUAGAUUAGUUAUUUAACUCUUCAUCCACUGCUUUGUUGUACUUAGUGUGUAGUGAAAGUCAAAGUAGCCACACACCCUCUGGCCCAAAAGCACUUGGCUACACGUGAAUGCCUGCCGGUCUCCCAGCGCACUCCACGCUUGCGCUAGUUAUGCCAUGCCGCGAAGUCAUACCGGCGACGAAAGCGGCGGCAGCGGGAUCUGGCUAAAGACCUCGACUGGACGUCGGGGGCAGGACUACCCACUAAAAGAUGUGGAGUGCGGACGGCAGACUAUGAAUAACGUUGUGGGUGUCGGGGACGGUCUCCUGUCUCCAGCCGCGGCAGGUGCGGUGGGAGCGGAGAGGAAACAGGGAGCCCGCCUGAGUCUGCUGGGGAAGCCGCUGACCUACAGCGCGCAGAGCAACCGCAGAAACGCACGCUACCGGCGGCUCCAGAAUUACCUCUACAACGUUUUGGAAAGACCGAGGGAAUGGGCUUUUGUUUACCACGCUUUUGUGAGUUUGUGAUGAUUGUAGUGUUUGGCCUGGAGUACAUCAUCCGGAUAUGGAGUGCUGGCUGCUGUUGCCGCUAUCGAGGCUGGCAGGGACGUCUCCGCUUUGCCAGAAAACCGUUUUGUGUCAUAGACAUCAUCGUACUUAUCGCCUCAGUUGCUGUGGUUUCAGCUGGUAGCCAGGGUAACAUCUUUGCCACAUCUGCGCUGCGUAGCCUUCGCUUCCUUCAGAUCCUGCGCAUGGUGCGCAUGGACCGUAGGGGAGGGACCUGGAAACUGCUUGGAUCUGUAGUUUACGCACAUAGUAAGGAGCUGGUGACUGCCUGGUAUAUAGGGUUUCUGGUGUUGAUCUUCUCCUCCUUCUUGGUCUAUCUGGUGGAGAAAGAAUUCAACAAGGAAUUUGCCACCUACGCUGAUGCUCUGUGGUGGGGCACGAUCACCCUUACAACUAUUGGCUACGGUGACAAGACCCCACAGACGUGGACGGGGCGGUUAUUAUCAGCGUGUUUUGCUCUGCUGGGGAUCUCCUUCUUUGCCCUGCCAGCUGGCAUCCUAGGUUCAGGCUUUGCCCUGAAGGUGCAGGAGCAGCAUCGACAAAAGCACUUUGAAAAAAGGAGGAACCCAGCUGCCAGCCUCAUCCAGGCAGCUUGGCGUAUGUACUCCACCGACGGUGCUCGUCCCUACCUCAGAGCCACCUGGCACCACUACCAAAGCGCUCUCCCCCCCCUCAGGCAUGUAUCCCCUCCACCAGCACCACCACCAUCACUGCCCCACCUCCCUUCAACAUCCCCCAACCGCACCGCAUCAACACUCCCCCCGAAAACUAAUCAGUGUGUCUGGCGUAGUUAUGCUGCUGAUGAGAACUCGGUUUCCAUUGCUACCUGGAAGCCUCAUUUGAAGGCGUUGCAUACCUGCAGCCCCGCCAAGAAAGAGCAGGGCGAGGCUACUUACAGUAAGGGUCUAAGUAAUGGAAGGCUCUUCAGAAGGUAUUCUCGGAAAUAUAGGAGUCAGAAGUUGAGCUUUAAGGAACGGGUCCGCAUGGCGAGCCCUCGUGGUCAGAGUAUGAAGAGUCGGCAGACGUCCAUGAAUGACCGCCAACGCUGUUCCCCUGGCAACGAGAUGGUGGGCAGCACAGAACUGAUGGGCGGCAGCCCUGCCAAAGUGCAGAAGAGCUGGAGCUUCAAUGAUCGGACCCGGUUUAGGCCAUCUCUGAGGUUGAAGAGCCAGCCUCGUACAGCUGUCCCAGAUGUGGACACAGGCAUGACCACAGAGGAAUCCUUUGAUGAGCGAGGGUGCCACUGCGAUGUUACUGUGGAGGAUCUAUCAGCACCUCUCAAGGCUGUCAUCAGAGCUGUCAGGAUCAUGAAGUUCCAUGUAGCAAAGAAGAAGUUUAAGGAGACGCUGCGUCCGUAUGAUGUGAAGGACGUGAUUGAGCAGUACUCUGCAGGUCACCUGGAUAUGCUCUGUCGCAUCAAGAGCCUUCAGACCAGACUAGACUCUGUAGUGGGUCCUCCUCCAAGGCCUUUGCGCAGCCGUGGGAAGACCUUUUCCUCUCCCUCCCUGCAUUUAUAUUACAGCCAGACCAGCAGGAAACGGUCGACACCGGGGGUGGAUCAGAUCUUGGGAAAAGGCCAGAUUCCUGUGGAUAAAAAAAUGAGGGACAAACUGCACCCAGAUGGAGACUCCCUAGAGGGCAUGAGCAUGCUUGGACGUGUGUGUAAGGUGGAGAGGCAGGUAACUUCCAUUGAAUCAAAGCUGGACUCUUUGCUGGAUAUUUACCGCCAAGUCCUACAGAAAGGCCCCUCAGCACUCACCCUCUCCUCCCUCCCCCUGUUUGAGCUGGAGAACCAGCAUCAUAACUCGGACUACCCGACCUCAAUCAUUGGCAGGGAUCUUCCCUCCCAUCAGGGAGGUGAGCCUGUUGGAAGCGGAGGACACAACAGUGGCGGCAUGCGUCGUUCUCUCAAUCCCAACCCGAGAGGCUUGCGGCUCAUACUGGCACCAGCUGAUGAUGAUGCUCCUCCGGACUCAGCCCCUCCAUCCUAUCCACCAUCCACAGCCUCGCUCUCCCCAUCACCUCUGCUGCCCCCUGAUAGCCCUUAUCCAACUUUGGUCACCACCAAUGGUACCCCGAAAAAAGCACACUUCCCUGAUCUGCCGCCCCCACCUUCCUCCACGGGGAAUUUCACUCUUCAACUCCCCCCUAUGGUACACCCCUCUCACCUCCGAUGCCCUGCUGACCCGAUCUCAGAUGAUCUGACAGAUGGAGUGGCAGUGGACGAGGAAAGCUCUGGCCCCUCUGUUGUUGUAGGAUGCGGUGUGGAUUCUGACCAAGAAGGUGACAACGAGGCAGCCUUUGGCCAGGGAACGGUUCAGCUGCGGGAGAAGCCUGGCUUGAAAGCUGAGGGGGUCUGGAGGAGGCACAUGAGCCUUGAGGUGAAGCCCUUGCUGCUUCUCUCUUCGAGCCCAGAUGGGAGGGCUUCAGACUGGGAAGGUGGUCUUGGGAAGUCGAUCUCUGUGCAGAACCUCAGUCAACCUUUGACCAACCGUGCCCCUGGUCUCUCCUCUGCACUCAACAACAGCAGCAGCAGCAAUGGUAGCGAACGCAGCACUGCCCAUGAUGAUCUUAACAACUGGGAUGAUACAGAACUCUUUAUUAGAGAGUGCAAAUUACAAACAUCAGAGGAACAUUUCGACUUCCUGUCACAGGGACCUGGAAGCAGCACCUCAGACCUUUUAAAGACUGUAGAGGAGGCUGCACCUCACCCAAAAGGAAAGUCAGAGUUUCUCAGUCAGUCCUCACACAUACAGCUGGCAUAACCACACUUACUGACAGACACACAUUUCCAUACUGUAUGUAAACACCACUGUGGGUGAAGCCACUUUUUAAAAUAUUUUUACAGGGCAGUAAACAGAUUAUGUUGCAAGUUUUACAAAUAAAUCCUUUCUAUAUGAACAAUGUUUUGAUAUUUUGUCUAACACUUUUAUUCCCAGUUGCAUACACACUUUUCAUAGGGUACUAAAAUUACUACAGCCUAUACAGUAAAUGAAUGUACACGUAUGUAUGCAAGUGGCCAUACUCAUGUAAGACAAAAUAUACAAUCAAUACACAAAAAUGAAAAUAACCUUACUAGAAAAACAAUAUUUUGUUUUUAUACAAAAAUGACCAAGUUUUUCAUAUUUACUAUCAUAAAUUAAAGAAAAAGAUGCUUAAUUUGAAGAGGAAUCUUGGAAGGAAUCCUAAUUUUAUUUCUAGAUCCAGACUUGUUGGAAAAGCUGUAGAUGCCAAUCAAAUAAUGGGGCGCAUUGUGAGAAAGGGUUACUGUCCAACAAUUUUACAUUUUUGCUGAGUCUGACUCAGCAGCAAACCCAAUUUCGAGUCUAACUUUUCACUUUACAAAUUAAAGGAUAAUGGAAGAAGAAUGCUGAAUAACUGUCUCACAGCCAGAACUACUUCACUCUAACUCAUUGGUCAGCUUCUAAGCACGUGGUGAAACCAGCAUCCACAUGUACAUGCACAUCCGCCAAACUCUUUUACACUCUGACAGUUGUGACCAUUAACAAUAACUACUACUACUCUAAGAAAGGCCAACAUGACAAAGAGCUGAGACUGACUAAGAACUUUUCUUCGAAGAAGCAGAGAGUCACUCACUCUGCUAGUUCACUGUCUGUCUUUGGCAACUUAAAAUUUCAUCUUUUACUUACUCUAUGCUUUCAUACAUAUCACUACAUGGACAGUUUGAAAAACGAAAUAUAAAUAAAGGAAAUAAAGGGUGAGGCCUGGUGUGAAAGAAACAGCUGAAGUAUAAAAACUUAAAGGUUGAACCAGGGUUGCAUGUGUGCAGACUACAGAAAUCUCGUUUUCUUCAUUUCCUACAAUUGCUGAAGUGUUUGUUAAUGUUGAUGUGGUUGGAUGGCUGGUCUAAUCUGUCAGCAAACUGUAACUAAAUUUGAAUGCAGCAGACCUAAUGGGAAGAAAUGUCCUAUCAGCACUGACUUAAAACAAGUGUUGGAAUUUCUCCCACUUGGUUUGGAUAGUAGCCCAGUAAGCUGGAUGCAGCUGUUUUGAAUAUUGAACUGUGGUAGACUUUUAAGUGGGCUUUCUCAGCCAAGCAUGAGAUGCUGCAUGUCUAAGCUGUAAUUCAAAAGUGCUCAUGCAUUUCCUGGUGACUCAGACCUCCAUCUGCAUGUCAAAAUAAUGUUUACUCCAAACUUUUAACAAAACGGUACGAACAAAGUCUGCCUACAUGAUCAAUAUUAUCUGAACUAAUUUGGUAGAAGUUAAAACCUGUGUUACUACUUUUGUGGAUAACCCACUUACUAUUUUAUGACAAAACUACAACAUUUAAAGGCCAUUCGUUGUGAUCAAACUAGAAAAACCUCAUUGAUAUUUUCUGUGACUUCUCUGAUGAAGCCUGAUCUUAGAUUGAGAUUAUAUGUGGCUUAUAUAAGGACUCUUUUCACCAGGAUGUUGGUACGCACUUCAUCCUCACUCACCUCAGUCCUAAUUAGAAUAUUUAACCAUUCUGGGUUUUAUUGUCACUAUCUCGAAAAUGACUAAAGUGGACCGUUUAUAAUAUGGUACAUUUAAUCUUUAAGGAGAUGUAGAGGCUUGUAUGUUUUCAGUGUUAGAUUUUUGAAAAACUGGUGUCUUGAAAGUGUCUUAAUAAACAGUGUUUGUAUUGCUGCCUUUCUUUCUUUUAGAUAGGUUGACUGGUGUUUAAAUGAGAAUUAUGCACAAAAACUAUGUCAGCCAUCUUCAUUUUUGUUAGUCAUUUUGAUUUGUUUUGUAUGUUGUCACAGAAGUCUUAAAAUGUAUUGUUUGUGCUAUUCGUGUCCUUUUAUUCAUCAUUUUUUCUGUUAUAUCCCCAGAGAGUUGAGUGCAUUUCUUAGAAUAUUAACAUCCUAUAAAA